AUGGUGGACGACACGACACGGCAACCCGCAACCCCGGAAAAGGCUUUUACUUCGGACCAAUGGUCAGACGCCGAAGCUACACACGCAAAGAAGCCUGAGAAUGCAAAUGUCUACGCCGCUGCCGCAUCACAGCAUACCGCCGGUGGCUCGGCUGAAGAUGUCACUCUGGUCGACGCUGCAAAGACAAUCAAGAUCGAUGAUUUCGCCAGUCUGCCCAAGAAGCCAUGUGUCAGAGACUCUCUGCUCACUGGUAUGACUGCUGGUUUCGUAGUGGGCAGUUCGAGGGCCAUUUGGAGGGCACCGAUCCAAUCCGCCACCAACUGGGCUGUCGGCACCUUCGUCAUCGGAUCCGCUGGAAUGUACCAGUACUGCCAGUACAAGCGAUUGGCAGAGAAGGAAGGCAUGACACGCGCCAUGGAGAUCAUCGACCGCAAGCAGAUCGAACGCAAGCAAAAGGAAGCACGUAUGGAAAGAGCAAGAGAAUUGCGCCGCCAGAAGAAGGAAGAGGAUGACUCGAAGAAGUUUGCCGAAUUGAAUCCCGGAAACACCACGCCCGGUGACACCAAGCCUUCGUCUUCGUGGAAGCUGUGGUAG